AUGAAUAGAACUAUUGAUAUUCCCGCGGAUUUAAUCAGAAACGGAAAAACUUUAACAAUUGAAAAAUAUUCAGAAUUAUUUAUAAAUGGUUAUCAUUUAUCAAAACCAGCUAAAUUUGUUCGACAAAAUAAUGGAAUAUGUCUUGUUGAUAGUCAACAGCAAGAUGUGAAAUCAGGCGUAUAUAAUCAUCAAUUUGAAUCUUAUAAUGAUGAAUGUUAUUUGAUUCAAUUGAUAAUCGAAUUUCCUGGUGAAAUAUUAAAUGCUGGAAAAAGUGUAACAAUUGAAAAGAUUGAUUCAAAUGAUGAUCAAUUAUCAGGCAAUAUUGACGAUCUUUAUAAAACCGAAAAUAUAAAUAAAUCUGUUGGACCAAAGGAUAUUUAUAUAAAAGUUCCAAAAAAAUUUAUCGAAAGAGGAAAAACAGUUGUUGUUCAUAAAGAUGAUAUAUCAAUAACUAAUAGCACUGAUUAUCACAAAAAUCUAUCACGUCGUUUAAUUAGUAAUAAAUUUGCUAAACGAAAUUCUCUUCAAUUAAAAAAUAUGGUAGAAAUAACAAUUGAAGUUCCACCAGAACUUUUUGAUGAUGGUCAAAAAAUAACAUUUCGACAAGAAAAUGCUCAAGCUGUUGCUGGUAAUUUUCCUUAUCGUCGUCAAUCAAGACAAGAUAUACAAGUAAAUGUUAAUGAUAUUUUAAAACAAGAUAAAAAAGUUUCAAUCGAAGAAUUUUUAUCAAAUAAAACAUGGAAUCCAGUUUUAUCUGAUGAUAAACAUUCUAUUAAAUUAUCUCUCAAUUUCACUGAUCGACCGGAUAUAAAAAAAGAAGAUCAAAUCAAUAUUGUUCGUAAUCAACAAAAUUUACGUAUAGAAACAAAAGAUCAACAAGGAUUUCGUACUUAUCGAGAACUUACUUUACCAGAAAGAACAAAAUUAGAUGAAGUUAAAUAUCAAUUUGAUGAAAAACAUUGUUCUCUUAAUGUCUUACUUCCUCUUCAAUGA